AUGGACUACCAAGGCACAGCUGGAGACUACCAGACCAUAGACUACCAAGGCAAGGCUGGAGACUACCAGACCAUAGACUACCAAGGCAAGGCUGGAAACUACCAGAACAUAGACUACCAAGGCAAGGCUGGAGACUACCAGACCAUAGACUACCAAAGCAAGGCUGGAGACCACAAGACCAUAGACUACCAAGGAAAGGCUGGAGACUGCCAGACGAUAGACUACAAAGGCAAGGCUGGAAACUACCAGACCAUAGACUACCAAGGCAAGGCUGGAGACUACCAGACCAUAGACUACCAAGGCAAGGCUGGAAACUACCAGAACAUAGACUACCAAGGCAAGGCUGGAGACUACCAGACCAUAGACUACCAAAGCAAGGCUGGAGACUACAAGACCAUAGACUACCAAGGAAAGGCUGGAGACUGCCAGACGAUAGACUACAAAGGCAAGGCUGGAAACUACCAGACCAUAGACUACCAAGGCAAGGCUGGAGACUACCAGACCAUAGACUACCAAGGCAAGGCUGGAGACUACCAGAACAUAGACUACCAAGGCAAGACUGGAGACUACCAGAACAUAGACUACCAAGGCAAGGCUGGAGACUACCAGACCAUAGACUACCAAUGCAAGGCUGACUACCAGACCAUAGACUACCAAAGCAAGGUUGGAGACCACCAGACCAUAAACUACCAAAGCAAGGCUGGAGACUACAAGACCAUAGACUACCAGGUGAAGGCUGGAGACUGCCAGACCAUAGACUACCAAGGCAAGGCUGGAGACUACCAGACCAUAGACUACCAAGGAAAGACUGGAGACUGCCAGACGAUAGACUACAAAGGCAAGGCUGGAAACUACCAGACCAUAGACUACCAAGGCAAGGCUGGAGACUACCAGACCAUAGACUACCAAGGCAAGACUGGAGACUACCAGACCAUAGACUACGAAGACAAGACUGGAGACUACCAGAACAUAGACUACCAAUGCAAGGCUGACUACCAGACCAUAGACUACCAAGGCAAGGCUGGAGACUACCAGAACAUAGACUACCAAGGCAAGGCUGGAGACUACCAGACCAUAGACUACCAAUGCAAGGCUGACUACCAGACCAUAGACUACCAAGGCAAGGCUGGAGACUACCAGAACAUAGACUACCAAGGCAAGGCUGGAGACUACCAGAACAUAGACUACCAAGGCAAGGCUGGAGACUACCAGACCAUAGACUACCAAUGCAAGGCUGACUACCAGACCAUAGACUACCAAGGCAAGGCUGGAGACUACCAGACCAUAGACUACCAAUGCAAGGCUGACUACCAGACCAUAGACUACCAAGGCAAGGCUGGAGACCACCAGACCAUAAACUACCAAAGCAAGGCUGGAGACUACAAGACCAUAGACUACCAAGGCAAGGCUGGAGACUGCCAGACCAUAGACUACCAAGGCAAGGCUGGAGACUACCAGAACAUAGAUACCAAGACCAUAGACUACCAAGGCAAGGCUGGAAACUACCAGACCAUAGACUACCAAGGCAAGGCUGGAGACCACCAGACCAUAAACUACCAAAGCAAGGCUGGAGACCACCAGACCAUAGACUACCAAGACAAGGCUGGAGACUACAAGACCAUAGACUACCAAAGCAAGGCUGGAGACCACCAGACCAUAAACUACCAAAGCAAGGCUGGAGACCACCAGACCAUAGACUACCAAGACAAGGCUGGAGACUACCAGACCAUAGACUACCAAGACAAGAACAUAGACUACCAAGGCAAGGCUGGAGACUACCAGACCAUAGACUACCAAUGCAAGGCUGACUACCAGACCAUAGACUACCAAGGCAAGGUUGGAGACCACCAGACCAUAAACUACCAAAGCAAGGCUGGAGACUACAAGACCAUAGACUACCAGGUGAAGGCUGGAGACUGCCAGACCAUAGACUACCAAGGCAAGGCUGGAGACUACCAGACCAUAGACUACCAAGGAAAGACUGGAGACUGCCAGACGAUAGACUACAAAGGCAAGGCUGGAAACUACCAGACCAUAGACUACCAAGGCAAGGCUGGAGACUACCAGACCAUAGACUACCAAGGCAAGGCUGGAGACUACCAGAACAUAGAUACCAAGACCAUAGACUACCAAGGCAAGGCUGGAGACCACCAGACCAUAAACUACCAAAGCAAGGCUGGAGACCACCAGACCAUAGACUACCAAGACAAGGCUGGAGACUACAAGACCAUAGACUACCAAAGCAAGGCUGGAGACCACCAGACCAUAAACUACCAAAGCAAGGCUGGAGACCACCAGACCAUAGACUACCAAGACAAGGCUGGAGACUACCAGACCAUAGACUACCAAGACAAGGCUGGAGACCACCAGACCAUAGACUACCAAGGCAAGGCUGGAGACCACCAGACCAUAGACUACCAAGACAAGGCUUGA